AUUCCAGUGAAGUGCGUUCAUCGUGUGGCCGCCAUCGUUCGUCGUGCAAGCAGCCGCACGCAGACAAGUCAACACUGCAGUGAAACAAAGAUAUCAAAGAAUCAAAGACCACGUCGUGUGGACAAAGAAAUGUUGUGGUAGCCGCGUGUGGAAUAAGAUCGUGAGGAAAUUACUCUGGGAGUGAAGGUAGCGAGUGAGGCAUCAUGGCAGCUACCUUCCCCUAUAGAGGGGUCCCUCCAGCAAUGCCACCCGGUGUACCCCCUCCUGUGCCGGUCCCAGACUACAUGUCUGAGGAAAAACUACAAGAGAAAGCGAGAAAAUGGCAGCAGCUGCAGGCUAAGCGGUACUCUGAAAAGAGGAAGUUUGGCUUUGUGGAUGCACAGAAGGAAGAUAUGCCACCUGAGCAUGUUCGAAAGAUCAUCAGGGACCAUGGAGACAUGACCAACAGAAAGUUCCGCCAUGACAAGAGGGUCUACCUUGGUGCCCUCAAGUACAUGCCCCAUGCAGUGCUUAAGCUCUUAGAGAACAUGCCGAUGCCAUGGGAACAGAUUCGAGAUGUGCCUGUUCUUUACCACAUCACUGGAGCCAUUUCCUUUGUGAAUGAAAUACCAUGGGUCAUUGAGCCAGUUUACAUUGCUCAGUGGGGCUCGAUGUGGAUCAUGAUGCGUCGUGAGAAGCGUGAUCGUCGGCACUUCAAGCGGAUGCGUUUUCCGCCAUUUGAUGAUGAGGAGCCUCCGUUGGACUAUGCUGACAACAUUCUUGAUGUAGAGCCACUGGAGGCCAUCCAGAUGGAGCUUGACAAUGAGGAGGACAGUUCAGUUGCAGAGUGGUUCUAUGAGCACCAGCCUCUCAAAGACACUGCCAAAUUUGUAAAUGGCACCACCUACCGUCGCUGGCAGUUCACACUGCCCAUGAUGUCCACACUGUACCGUCUGGCUAACCAGCUUCUGACAGAUCUGGUAGAUAGCAAUUACUUUUACCUGUUUGACCUCAAGGCCUUCUUCACCUCCAAGGCUUUGAAUAUGGCCAUUCCUGGAGGACCAAAGUUUGAGCCACUGGUGCGGGACAUCAACCUUCAGGAUGAAGACUGGAACGAGUUCAACGACAUCAAUAAAAUCAUCAUCCGACAGCCCAUCAGAACAGAGUACAAAAUCGCUUUCCCCUACCUGUACAACAACCUACCACACCAUGUCCACCUCACCUGGUACCACACACCGAAUGUGGUGUUUAUUAAGACUGAGGAUCCAGAUCUUCCAGCGUUCUACUUUGACCCGCUGAUCAACCCCAUUUCGCACAGACAUUCUGUCAAAAGUCAGGAACCUCUUCCUGAUGAUGAUGAGGAGUUUGAGCUUCCUGAAUAUGUGGACCCCUUCCUCAAAGAGACUCCACUCUACACAGACCACACGGCCAAUGGCAUUGCACUCUUGUGGGCGCCAAGACCCUUCAACCUCCGAUCUGGACGCACAAGGCGUGCCAUUGAUAUUCCGCUCAUCAAGAACUGGUAUCGUGAGCACUGUCCUGCAGGACAGCCAGUGAAGGUGCGUGUAUCAUACCAGAAACUGCUCAAGUACUAUGUGCUCAAUGCCCUAAAGCACAGACCACCCAAAGCCCAAAAGAAGAGGUAUCUCUUCCGCUCCUUCAAGGCCACCAAGUUCUUUCAGUCCACCAAGCUGGACUGGGUGGAGGUGGGCCUGCAGGUGUGCAGACAGGGUUACAACAUGCUCAACCUACUUAUCCACCGCAAGAACCUCAACUACCUGCAUCUUGACUACAACUUCAACCUUAAGCCUGUCAAGACGCUGACCACAAAGGAGCGUAAGAAAUCCAGAUUUGGUAACGCUUUCCAUCUGUGCAGAGAGGUGCUGCGUCUCAGCAAGUUGGUGGUAGACAGUCAUGUGCAGUACAGACUGGGAAAUGUUGAUGCUUUCCAGUUGUCAGACGGACUGCAGUACAUCUUUGCUCACGUUGGCCAGCUGACAGGCAUGUACCGUUACAAGUACAAGCUGAUGAGACAAAUCCGGAUGUGCAAAGAUCUGAAGCAUCUCAUCUAUUACAGAUUCAACACUGGUCCUGUUGGCAAGGGUCCAGGUUGUGGCUUUUGGGCCCCUGGAUGGAGAGUGUGGCUCUUCUUCAUGAGAGGCAUCACUCCACUGUUGGAGAGGUGGCUGGGGAAUCUGCUCGCCAGGCAAUUUGAAGGACGUCACUCCAAGGGUGUUGCCAAGACUGUGACCAAACAGCGUGUGGAGUCUCAUUUUGACCUUGAGCUGAGAGCAGCAGUGAUGCAUGACAUCUUGGACAUGAUGCCUGAGGGUAUCAAACAGAACAAGGCCAGAACCAUCUUGCAGCACCUCAGUGAGUCCUGGAGGUGCUGGAAGGCCAACAUCCCCUGGAAGGUGCCAGGUCUGCCCACUCCCAUUGAGAACAUGAUCCUGCGUUAUGUGAAGGCCAAAGCAGACUGGUGGACCAACACUGCCCACUACAACCGUGAGCGAAUCCGUCGCGGAGCCACCGUGGAUAAGACGGUGUGUAAGAAGAACCUGGGUAGACUGACACGUUUGUACCUGAAGGCAGAGCAGGAGAGGCAGCACAACUACCUGAAGGAUGGACCCUACAUCACAGCUGAAGAGGCAGUGGCCAUUUACACUACUACUGUUCAUUGGCUCGAGAGUCGGCGCUUCUCACCUAUUCCCUUUCCUCCACUUUCCUACAAACACGACACCAAGCUUCUUAUCCUGGCCUUGGAGAGGCUCAAGGAAGCAUACAGUGUAAAGUCUCGACUGAACCAGAGUCAGAGGGAGGAGCUGGGUCUGAUAGAACAGGCUUACGACAACCCCCACGAGGCCCUGUCCAGGAUCAAACGUCACCUGCUUACACAGAGAGCCUUCAAAGAGGUGGGUAUCGAGUUCAUGGAUUUGUACAGCCACCUCGUGCCAGUGUAUGAUGUGGAGCCCCUGGAGAAGAUCACAGAUGCUUACCUGGAUCAGUACCUGUGGUACGAGGCAGACAAAAGACGCCUGUUCCCACCCUGGAUCAAACCUGCUGACACAGAACCACCACCUCUGCUCGUAUACAAGUGGUGCCAAGGUAUCAACAACUUGCAGGAUGUUUGGGAGACUACAGAAGGAGAAUGCAAUGUGAUGCUGGAGUCGCGCUAUGAGAAGAUGUACGAGAAGAUUGAUCUGACAUUGCUCAACAGGCUAUUGCGUCUUAUUGUCGACCACAACAUCGCUGAUUACAUGACAGCCAAGAACAAUGUGGUCAUCAACUACAAGGACAUGAAUCACACCAACUCCUAUGGCAUCAUCAGGGGGCUCCAGUUUGCCUCGUUCAUUGUACAGUACUAUGGCCUGGUGAUGGACCUCCUGGUGCUGGGUUUGCACCGUGCCAGUGAGAUGGCCGGUCCACCUCAGAUGCCCAAUGACUUCCUCAGUUUCCAGGACACUGCUACAGAAAGUGCCCACCCAAUCCGACUGUACUGCCGCUACAUCGACCGCAUCCACAUCUUCUUCAGGUUCUCUGCUGAUGAGGCCAAGGAUCUGAUUCAGAGGUAUCUGACUGAGCAUCCAGACCCCAACAAUGAGAACAUUGUUGGUUACAACAACAAGAAGUGCUGGCCCCGUGAUGCUCGCAUGAGACUGAUGAAGCAUGAUGUUAACCUUGGGCGUGCAGUGUUCUGGGACAUCAAAAAUCGCCUUCCCAGGUCUGUGACCACUGUCCAGUGGGAGAACAGCUUUGUGUCAGUCUACAGCAAAGACAACCCAAAUUUGCUCUUCAACAUGUGUGGUUUCGAGUGUCGCAUCCUCCCCAAGUGCCGCACCAGCUAUGAGGAGUUUACUCACAAGGAUGGUGUCUGGAACCUGCAGAAUGAGGUAACUAAAGAGAGGACAGCGCAAUGUUUCCUGCGUGUGGACGAUGAAUCAAUGCAGCGCUUCCACAACCGAGUUCGUCAGAUCCUGAUGGCGUCCGGAUCCACCACCUUCACAAAGAUCGUGAACAAAUGGAACACGGCUCUCAUCGGAUUGAUGACAUACUUCCGUGAGGCUGUGGUAAACACUCAGGAGCUCCUGGACCUGCUGGUUAAGUGUGAGAACAAGAUUCAGACACGUAUCAAGAUUGGUCUCAAUUCCAAAAUGCCUAGCCGCUUUCCUCCAGUAGUCUUCUACACCCCCAAAGAGCUGGGCGGUCUUGGCAUGCUGUCCAUGGGCCACGUCCUCAUUCCACAAUCAGACCUGCGGUGGUCCAAGCAGACAGAUGUGGGCAUCACUCACUUCAGGUCUGGAAUGAGCCAUGAAGAAGAUCAGCUGAUUCCUAACUUGUAUCGUUACAUUCAGCCAUGGGAGAGUGAGUUCAUUGACUCUCAGAGGGUUUGGGCUGAAUAUGCACUCAAGAGACAGGAGGCUAUCGCCCAGAACAGGCGUCUCACCCUGGAAGAUUUGGAGGAUUCGUGGGACAGAGGAAUCCCUCGUAUCAACACACUUUUCCAGAAGGACAGACACACACUGGCUUAUGACAAAGGCUGGAGAGUCAGGACAGAUUUCAAGCAGUACCAGGUGCUUAAGCAGAAUCCGUUUUGGUGGACCCACCAACGGCACGAUGGCAAACUGUGGAAUCUGAACAACUACCGCACAGACAUGAUCCAGGCUCUUGGCGGUGUGGAGGGCAUCCUGGAGCAUACGCUCUUCAAAGGCACUUACUUCCCCACCUGGGAGGGUCUCUUCUGGGAGAAGGCCAGUGGCUUUGAGGAGUCCAUGAAAUGGAAGAAGUUGACCAAUGCUCAGAGAUCUGGUCUCAACCAAAUCCCCAACCGUCGCUUCACACUUUGGUGGUCACCCACCAUCAACAGAGCCAACGUGUAUGUGGGUUUCCAGGUGCAGCUUGAUCUGACAGGAAUUUUCAUGCAUGGCAAGAUCCCCACACUGAAGAUCUCCCUAAUUCAGAUCUUCAGGGCUCACUUGUGGCAGAAGAUUCAUGAGAGCAUCGUCAUGGAUCUCUGUCAGGUGUUUGACCAGGAGCUGGAUGCUCUGGAGAUUGAAACUGUGCAGAAAGAGACAAUUCACCCCAGGAAGUCGUACAAGAUGAACUCUUCCUGCGCGGACAUCCUCCUCUUUGCAUCAUACAAGUGGAAUGUCUCUCGACCAUCUCUGCUCGCUGACUCCAAAGACGUGAUGGACAGCACCACCACACAAAAGUACUGGAUUGACAUUCAGCUCCGUUGGGGUGACUAUGACUCACAUGACAUCGAGCGCUACGCCAGGGCCAAGUUCCUAGACUACACCACUGACAACAUGAGUAUCUACCCCUCCCCCACCGGGGUGCUCAUUGCUAUUGACUUGGCUUACAACCUCCACAGCGCCUACGGUAACUGGUUCCCUGGGAGCAAACCUCUGAUCCAGCAGGCCAUGGCUAAGAUCAUGAAGGCCAAUCCAGCCCUGUAUGUGCUCAGGGAGCGCAUCCGCAAAGGUCUGCAGCUGUACUCUUCAGAGCCCACUGAGCCCUACUUGUCCUCACAGAACUAUGGUGAACUCUUCUCCAACCAGAUCAUCUGGUUUGUGGACGACACUAACGUCUACAGAGUCACCAUCCACAAGACCUUUGAGGGUAACUUGACUACAAAGCCCAUCAAUGGAGCCAUUUUCAUCUUUAACCCCAGGACUGGUCAGCUCUUCCUCAAGAUCAUUCACACGUCUGUGUGGGCUGGACAGAAACGUCUCGGACAGCUGGCGAAAUGGAAGACAGCUGAAGAAGUGGCUGCCCUGAUUCGUUCACUUCCUGUGGAGGAGCAGCCAAAACAGAUCAUUGUCACCAGGAAGGGCAUGUUGGACCCUCUGGAGGUCCAUUUGCUCGACUUCCCCAACAUCGUGAUCAAAGGCUCUGAGUUGCAGCUGCCUUUCCAGGCCUGUCUGAAGGUGGAGAAGUUUGGAGACCUGAUCCUGAAGGCUACAGAGCCUCAGAUGGUGCUGUUUAACCUUUAUGAUGACUGGCUCAAGACCAUCUCCUCUUACACAGCCUUCUCCCGACUCAUCCUGAUUCUCAGAGCACUCCAUGUGAACAAUGACCGUGCCAAGGUGAUUCUGAAGCCUGACAAGACGACCAUCACUGAGCCCCAUCACAUUUGGCCCACACUCACUGAUGAGGAGUGGAUCAAGGUGGAAGUGCAACUCAAGGACCUAAUUCUGGCCGAUUAUGGCAAGAAGAACAACGUGAACGUGGCGUCACUGACUCAGUCUGAGAUCCGUGACAUCAUCCUGGGUAUGGAGAUUUCUGCACCGUCACAGCAGCGCCAGCAAAUUGCUGAGAUUGAGAAACAGACUAAAGAGCAGUCGCAGCUCACGGCCACACAGACCCGCACUGUCAACAAGCAUGGAGACGAGAUCAUAACCUCCACCACCUCCAACUACGAGACCCAGACGUUCUCCUCCAAAACUGAAUGGAGAGUGAGGGCCAUUUCUGCCGCUAACCUCCAUCUCCGAACCAACCACAUCUACGUCUCAUCUGAUGACAUCAAGGAGACUGGCUACACCUACAUCCUGCCCAAGAACGUGCUGAAGAAAUUCAUCUGCAUCUCAGAUCUUCGAGCACAGAUUGCAGGCUACCUGUACGGCACCAGCCCACCAGACAACCCUCAGGUGAAGGAGAUCCGUUGUAUCGUCAUGGUGCCACAGUGGGGAACUCAUCAGACUGUCCACCUGCCCAACCAGCUGCCAGGUCAUGAAUACCUCAAAGAAAUGGAGCCUCUUGGCUGGAUCCACACGCAGCCUAAUGAGUCGCCCCAACUUUCCCCACAAGAUGUCACAACUCACGCCAAAGUCAUGGCUGACAACCCGUCCUGGGAUGGAGAAAAGACCAUCAUCAUCACUUGCAGCUUCACCCCUGGCUCAUGCACACUCACAGCCUACAAGCUGACACCCAGUGGCUACGAGUGGGGUCGCCAGAACACAGACAAGGGCAACAACCCUAAAGGUUACCUGCCUUCCCACUAUGAGAGAGUGCAGAUGUUGCUCUCUGAUCGCUUCCUGGGCUUCUUCAUGGUGCCUGGCCAAGUGUCAUGGAACUACAACUUUAUGGGUGUGCGCCACGAUCCCAACAUGAAGUAUGAUCUGCAGCUGGCCAACCCCAAGGAGUUCUACCAUGAAGUCCACCGCCCCUCGCACUUCCUAAACUUUGCCUCCCUGCAGGAGGGUGAGAUCUACAAUGCUGACCGUGAAGACAUGUACGCUUAAGAGCCAAUGUCGUAGCGCUCCAUUCAUUUUGUAGAUAGCUCGGCCAGAAUGAUGUGGAGCCAGCCCAGAACAGCCCUAAUAUUUCUACUGAACACGUACAGUUUGACUGUGUUAGGAAAUUUUAUGUAAAGGCUUGAGGAUCUUUUAGUAACCUUUUUUUUUCAUAUUUUCUACAGAUAUUUGUUUUUGUCUGCUUCCCCGUUUCCAAGAAGUCUUUGAUUGUGUUUAGUUUUCUGCUUACUUAAAUGUAAUAUUUGAUAAUUGAGAUUGUUUCGAAAGGGGUCAAGACUCUUUUCCACUCAGCUCUUUGCGAAAUUAAGGUUGUAUUUCUAUGCCAGUCAUGCCCCAUUACUGUUUACUGUACAUCAUGUGACAUUGUAGUUUGGGUUUAAAUAAAAUCACAAGUUUUAUAAA